GAAAAUUAGUGGGUCCAGUACAAUAACAAUCAAUCAAUCAAUCAAUCAUUCAACAUAAGAAAAAGGCCAUACAAUAAAUACCGAGUUGACAAUGGAAUUCAGCGUCCUACCUCGCUCCGGGAAUACGCCCGAAACUACAUAAACAUCACAGAGGGUGUUUAAGGGCAGCGAUGAUGUCCGUCUUAUGCGUCUCGCCUCUCCAGAGUCACGAAGUCCAGACACCAAUCAGGGUCCAGCGCGGUCUGUAACUCCGCCCACCGCUGCCGAGCCAGACACGACUCAGAGCGGGCCGAGCAGAGAGACGACAGAAGGCCUUGUGACCAUGAUGAGGACGUUGCUACGGUAUUUUUUCCCUCCGGAUUUCCAAAUCCCUAAAGAUUCUGUGAACACUAUGAGUGCUGAGGACCUUGUGGCCUGUCCCAUCAAAGAGUACUUCCAGCAGUAUGAGGCCGGACUGCAGAGUCUGUGUAAUUCCUACCAGACUCGGGCGGAGUCACGGGCACGAGCCGUGGAGGAGAAGAGCAGCGGGGCAGAAGCCAAACUCAGAGAAUCUGAAGAGAAACUCCGCAAACUCAGAACCAACAUCGUCGCUCUUCUGCAGAAAGUCCAGGAGGACAUUGAGAUCAGCAGUGAUGAUGAGCUGGACGCCUACAUUGAAGAUUUGGUCACAAAGGGAGAGUGAAACCCUGCAUCUCCUCCGUAUUAUCCUCAUUCUCACUCCCUACAUUUGUGUUUCAUGCAUACUAAGAGUUUUAGCGGAAGACUGGAGAUGAUUGCUGGUCGGCCGCAUCUUCAUCCCUAUAUACUGUGACAGAACUCUGUAAUGCAGCAAGAGCUUCAUUGCCAACUUCAACACAGUUUUCAGUUCAAAACGCCACUCAGGCCAUCAGCUCAGCCUUGGAGCAGAUUGAACUUGUGGGCUGCAGGUAAUGAGAGAUUUAAAUAGUUUCGUAGAACCUGCAGUUUAACAGCUUUGUUUGGUUUUACUCUACAUAGCGGUUUUGAGUUCAUGUUGGCUGUUUUUUAGGGUCUCGGUGUUGUAAAGCUUCAUUCUCAACCCAAUUUUAUGGAAGAGUCCUCAGCUGUUCUCACAGCUCGCAUUGACUCCUUUCAAAGCCGUUUGACAUUUUGAGUUUGAAAAUGGACUUUAUCUUGCUGCUUUGUGAUCCAUAUUGUCUCAAGUUUUGAGUUACUUCCUGAUUCGUUUUCCAUUUAUUUGGAUGUGAUAUUCAGUUCGUGUUGUAUUAUUUUUAACCUUUCAGUUUCCGUUUUUUGGAAUAAACACUGAUCUGAUGCUGUUAACCCCUUCAGUUACAGUAUUUAGUCUUCAUCUUUAUAUCUGAGAAUAUUUUUUAAAAAGUUUUAUUAAAACAGUCCAAUAAAGUUUAGGAUGUA